AUUAAAAGCCAUUUUUAUUGAUGAAGAUGUACGACCAGUGACCGUUUUUCUAAUAAAUGUCACAGCGAUGCUGCAUUGGUUAGUUUAACUAGUGCUGGUACAGUUCUGUAAGUCGGAGAGAGAGAGCAUUUUGGCGGAGAACGAGAGAUAUUUUGAUGGAGUUGUCAGCCCAUUCGCCGGGGAGAGAGCAAAAAGCCUUUGGGUGGGCGGCGAGAGAUGUCGAUGGUGUCCUCUCGCCUUUCACCUUCCAUGUUAGGGAAAAUGGAGAGGAGGAUGUUACCUUAAAGAUAUUGUAUUGUGGGAUAUGCCAUACUGACCUUCAUAUCAUUAAGAAUGAUUGGGGAAAUGCAAGAUAUCCGGUGGUUCCAGGGCAUGAGAUUGUGGGAAUAGUGACCGCAGCUGGGCCGAAGGUCCAAAAGUUCAAAAUUGGGGACAAAGCUGGCGUAGGAUACAUGGUUGGCUCCUGCAACGAAUGCGGCAAUUGCACGGAAGGCCAUGAGAACUACUGCCUGAAAGCCAUCCCAACCUCAAAUGGUAUUCUACCAGACGGGAAAAGCACAUAUGGUGGCUUCUCUGAUAUCCUCGUUGUGAAUGAAGCUUUCGCAGUCGUUCUGCCUGAGAACAUGCUACUGGACAAAACAGGUCCACUAUUAUGCGCCGGGGUCACAGUUUACACCCCAAUGAAGCGGUUUGGACUCGAUGUGCCCGGCAAGCAUUUGGGUGUGGUUGGGCUUGGGGGACUCGGUCACCUGGCCGUGAAGUUUGGGAAGGCUUUUGGUAUGAAAGUUACAGUGAUUAGUACUUCUUUGAGAAAGGAGAAGGAAGCAAUUGAAAGGUUGGGAGCAGACUCGUUCUUGGUGAGCAGUGAUGACAAUCAAAUGAAGACUGCAAUUAGCACACUGGAUGGUAUCAUCGACACAGUUUCUGCACACCAUGCAAUCACCCCAUUGAUCCUCUUGCUGAAAACAUAUGGGAAGCUGAUUUUGGUUGGUGGCCCAAAUAAGCCCCUCGAUCUUCAUGCUUACUCUGUGAUACAGGGUGGUAAGAUUGUGGCUGGAAACCUCAUUGGUGGAAUAAAAGACACGCAAGAGAUGGUGAAUUUUGCUGCAGAGAAAAAUAUAACUGCAGAUGUGGAGGUGGUUCCUAUGGAUUAUGUCAACACGGCCUUCGAACGUCUUGCCAAAGGAGACGUGAGAUACAGGUUCGUUGUUGACGUGGCAAACUCUCUAAAUUGAUAUAUAUAUAUAUUUCACCUAAGUUUUAUUGGAAUUUCAAGUACUUGAGCUUGCAUGUGAUUGAAGAAAUGAAGGUUCUGAAAUCUUUUAAAGAUUUGGAACUUGGGUUUUAAAAGUGUGGAGUAAAUAUGCCCAUUAUGCGUCUAAUCACUGAGGACUAUGAUGGUAAGCUUCAUUUGAAACUUUGUUGAUUUGGGUAUUAUUCUGCUAUUAAUUUGUGUUAAUGAAUUAGUAUUGUGCUAUGUUGUAUGAAAUAAUGUAAUUUUGAGUUGUGGCUGAA